UAGAGCCAAAACUGGUCUUUCAAAUGUAUGCUUCCUUGCUUUGUGUUUUGGCAUUAAGCUUCGCUGUAGAUUCAUCGAAGAUUCUUAUUUAUGUUGGGAAUCUACCGAUGGGAAGUCAUGUUCGAGUUUCCAACUUCUUGGGGAAUUCACUCGUUCAGCAUGGACAUGAAGUUUGGUUUUUGAUUCCAGAUACAUUUUAUGAUCGUAGAAUUAAAGAAGAUAAAGGCAAGGUGUUUUCUUACAUAACAAUGCCUGUUAAUUUUACAGCAGAGGAAGUCGAUCGUGCCAAUAACGACUUCUUGGACAAAUCAAUGAAUGGAGAAACAACAUCACUAUAUAAUUCUCUCAAGACUUUACUAUCGAAUGAGCAAAAACGAGGGGAGGCAAAGCGAUUCAAACACGUUCUAGAAGCCAUGGUCGUUGCUUGCGAUAUUUUGCUCAACGAUGAUGCUUUAAUUAGUAAAAUACGGAAAGAAAAGUUUGAUUUUCUAAUAGGGGAUAGUCUAAUGCCAUGUCAUCACCUACUAUCUAAGCGCAUAUUGACAUCGUAUGCUACUCUGGAUGUUCCGCCUGUACUCCCUGCUUUAAUCUCCAAAAUACGUGUACCUAGCAAUCCUGCUUAUGUUCCUGAAGGAUUUUCUCAUUUAACCGACGAAAUGAAUUUCUUUCAAAGAUUACUUAAUUUUCUCAUGGCACAAGCAGUUCCUCUAGCGAUGGAUAUAUUCCUUCACAAUCCGUUACUAGCUAUAGAAACAAAAGACAAUGAUAUUAAGGAUGUCCUCAAAAGUAGUCAAGAAAACUUGUUUUCAAGUGUGGAUAUCUGGUUUGGAGUUAAUUGCCAUCCAGCUAUCGAGUUUCCACGUCCAGUUACCAUAGAUAUGCUAUGUACCAGAGGAAUGCUUUCUACACCGUCGAAUCAAAUUUUAGAUAUACAACUACUAUCAUUCGUGCAAUCAGCACGACAUGGUGUAGUCCUGAUCUCAAUGGGCUCUCUUGUCAAUAUGUCAUCAGGUGACCUCCUGGAAACAUUAGCUGCAGCAUUUUCCCGGCUUCCUUAUAGUGUGGUGUGGAAAUACAACAGCAAAUUUCCACCAAUGAGACUGGGAAAUAACACAAAGUUGAUGAAUUGGAUUCCACAAAAUGACUUGUUAGGUAAUAAGCAAAUACGCUCAUUAUUUUGA